AUGGCAUCAUCUCCUUCCUUCUCCUCCUCUUUCCUCCUGCUCUUCACCAUCUUGGCCGCCGCCGCCGCCGCCACCAUCGCCGCCAGACCUGAUGGUUACAUGCACCUGCGCUUCUACAACCACGAGAGAAUCCUCGGCUCCGGCCCCAAUGCCACCGUCGUCUACGCUGUCGAGCGUCGCGGCUCCACCUCCGGUGCCGGCUUUGGCAAUAUCAUUGUCUACGACAACCUUCUCCGCUUGGGGGUCGAGACCGACUCGCCUAUUAUCGGUCGGAAUCAGGGCAUGGGAGUCGGCUCCAGCCUGGCUGAGAACUCCGGCCUCACCAACUGCCAGCUAGUGUUCACCGCCGGCAAAUACAACGGCAGCUCCCUCGCUGUGCAGGGGUUGUUCCCUGUCGCCCCGCUUGAGACCGUGUUUGAGAGGGCGAUCACCGGUGGCACAGGACGAUUCCGGUUGGCUAGAGGCUAUCUCUUGACGACGGAAGUACGCAGCACCAGCACAACCCUCACCGGACAGCUCGACGCUUACAUCACAUUUCGUUAA